AUGGCAGCGGCCGUUGGGCCAGAUCUUGGGGCCAAGGAAAAGCCAGCUGCGGACUAUAGCUCGUCAUACAUGGUAAGCAAUUCUUACCGAAUCGUCGACGACAUCUCAGAUGGUCCAUCACAUCACAAACCAACGAGGGAGCUGAUGCCGCCGCCACUGCUGCUGCUGCUGCUGUCUAGCGCGGCCAAUGACGAAUACUACACUGACUGGUUCAACAUCCACACAGGCCAGCCGGGCGCGUGUGUCAAGGGUCGCCUGUUGGUGGCCCGCGUGGUCCGCUUCUUUGUGCCUGACCGCCUUGCCCUCCUGGCAACCGUGUCAGAUUAUUAA